GGACCCCAGUGCGCCGCCGGCCGGGCUCCGCGCGCGCCGCGCCCACCAUGAAGUUUCGCGCCAAGAUCGUGGACGCAGCCUGUUUGAACCACUUCACGCGCGUCAGCUGCAUGGUGGCCAAGCUGGCCCGAGCCUGCACCCUGCGCAUCUGCCCGCAGAAGCUGAACUUCAUCCUGGCAGACACUGCAGCCGGCGGCGGGGUCAGCAUGUGGUGCGAGCUCCCGCAGGAGAACUUCUUCAGCGAGUUCCAGAUGGAGGGCGUCUCCGAGGAGAACAACGAGAUCUAUGUGGAGCUCACGUCGGAGAAUCUCUUCCGAGCCCUGAAAACGGCCCAGAACGCCCGGUCCCUGAAGGUCAAGCUGACGAACAAGCACUUUCCCUGCCUGAAGGUGUCCGUAGAGCUGGCGUCCUCGUCAGCCAGCAGCCGCAUGGCGACCCACGACAUCCCCAUCAAGGUCAUUCCGAGGAAGCUGUGGAAGGACCUGCAGGAGCCGACCGUCCCCAGCUCUGACGUUAGUAUUUAUCUGCCCGUCUUGAAGACCAUGAAGAGCGUUGUGGAGAAAAUGAAGAACAUCAGCAAUCACCUCAUUAUUGAAGCAAACCUAAACGGAGAUUUGAACUUGAAAAUAGAAACUGAAGUAGUGUGUGUUACAACUCAUUUCAAGGAUCUUGGAAAUCCUCCAUCAGCCUCUGGAAACGCUUCUCAGGACAGAGACCCCGAGCAGAUGGCGGAGGUGCACGUGGACAUCAGGAAGUUCCUGCAGUUUCUUGCUGGGCAGCAAGUAAACCCCACCAAGGCCGUGUGCAACGUCGUGAGUCACAGGAUGGUCCACUUUGACUUGCUCCACGAGGACGUGUCGCUGCAGUAUUUCAUCCCAGCCCUGUCAUAGGUCGCAGGCCGCGGGGUGCGGCCUCCGCGGUGACCCGGCGGGUGGCUGGGGGGCCCCAGCCACUUGACUGUCCUCGCCGCUGCACUUCCCACUACCGCUUCUCUCUGUGAUGUCUUAACCAGGAAUCCAAUUAAUG